GCUGCUCCAUCGUCAAUGUAACAAACACAUACCGCAAAAUACAUGUGUGUACACGUGAUGGAGGGUUGGCAUUGUACUCUAACCUUGAUGAAGUAAUUUAGAAAAGUCGCGAGAAUAACAUAAGUAAUGGCGUAAUUUCUGUAUAGCAGAAUCACUGAAGCAACAUCAUAUUUGACUCUACUGAAAACACCUACUUCAUACCAUGGACCCUAUUCACAAGGCUAAACUCAAACGAAACUAUGUACAAAUUGUUAAUGAUCUCGAACCUAAAGAUGUUGUGGACGAUUUAUACCAGGAUGGAAUACUAACAGACAAUGAUUGUGAACGUGUGACAAAUUCAAACAAAACACGAAAGGAGAGAUGUGAGAACUUGAUUUCUGUUCUGACGAAGAGAGGUCCUCUUGCCUUUGAGUCAUUCCUUGGUGCUAUUCGGUGCUCGAAGUAUAGUCAUAUUGCAGACCUUAUCAUUCCAGACGUAACAGCAACUGACUCUGUUCCUUGUGGAAAAAAUGGUGAAAACACAUCUAAUUCAAAUGACGCAUGUGAAGAGUGUUCACCUUAUUUUCCUGUCAGCUUUCUGAAUCCAGAUAUUGAAGAUAUCUUGAAGCGACAUUGCUGUCUCAUUUUACAAAAUGUUGAACCAAAAGACCUUUUACCUUAUAGUUACCAAGAGGACAUAUUCAGUGAAGACGAAUGCGACCGAAUAAAGACAGGAGAAACUCGAAAAGACAGAUGUGCUUUAUAUCUAAAGGAAUUGUCCAAAAGUAGAAAAGACAAGCUUAUUAUAUUGCUGAAAGCGUCUUUGCAAAAGAAAUAUCAAUAUAUUGUUGAAAGGAUUCAACAACCAUUUGUUAGUGCGAAAUCAUGUACCGAAACAGAUUCAGUGCCUAUCAGUAUAACGCCACGCUGUAGGAUAAAUGAGUCGUCUAUAGAAAGGUCAACUGUACUAAACCAAACAGACCCUUGUACACGAUACAAAAAAUACUACGUUAACACUGAUUCAUCUACAUCACAAUUGAAACAGAGAGAAGAUUAUUUCUCUCAAACACUUAAGUUGGAAGAGGACCGUGAUGUAAAUUGUACAAAGCAAAAACACACCAAACUUGUGAAUUGUACAAACGCAUAUGAAGUAAAAAUUGACAACUGUCCAUCCACAAAGAGGACAAGGCGUGAUAUUACUCCAGAGGAAGGCCAACUUGUGACUGUCUCUGGUACAACGGAAAUUGUUCCAUUUCUGAUGUCACCAGGGGCAUCAAAACCAGAUACUCUUCCAAAUAAACGUUUAGAUGUUGCUUUUAACACAUUGGUUUCUAUGAUGAACAGAGGGUUAUUUGACCAGUUUAACGGGUUGACAACUCGACUUCGCCGUCGAUAUAGAACAGACUUCGAUAUGAAAUGUGUUUUAGGAUAUUUGCAAGCCAAUUUGGAGCUGCAUAAAUCAAACUUUGACGGUGCAAAAAAGCAUAUCGAGUCAGCCCUUACGAUCUGUGGUAAAACAACUAAUACACGAUACUUUACGCUCGAGCUCCUAGGUACAAAGGCACGAAUGCUUCUGUAUCAAAAGAAGUUUGAAACCCUGCAAGAUGUUGUGGAUGCUGCAAAAAUGAUAAUAGAGACAGAUGUAGUUGCGUCUAGUGGACGGGCUGCCGGCUGGCUUCACGUACAGGAAGGGCGCUUGAUGGCAGCUCAGAUUGAUCUACUCAAUCCAACGCGAGUAAAUUUUAUCGGAGCUCAUGGCUAUCUGCAUGACAGAGCAAAGGCCAGUUUUGAAAAAGCGCUUGCCAAUUUUCAAGAAGACAAAAGUGAAUAUGGGCCUGUUGGAUUUGUGUAUACAAUGUGUCGCCUCAUCAUCUUACUUCUACAAUGUGGAGAGAAUGGUCUUACCAUGGACAUUUUACAGCCAGAUCCAACCGUUGUAGACAUGGCUGGUAAGUACUUGCUUCAUGUUUCCGGGACUGAUGUAACAUCCAGGAGAGUUUUGAGUAUGCACUACCACAUUGCAAACUGUGACUAUCAUUUCCGGGUUGGAAAUAUAAAUAAGGCGUUUGAAUGUGCUGAAACUGCGCACGAUUUGGCUACUCUACUCGACAUGAAUGAAUUUAUGGUGCAUGCACACAACAGGCUUGCUUUUCUCAGUGUAAAGGUACCACCAUCUUGUGGAGAAAUCAACGAAGCGGAUCUUUUUGAUAUACUGUUUGGGAGUGAUUCAUGUCCGGACACAUCAAAUAUUGACGACGAGACCUCUGGCUUAGACGUAACCUAAGAAUGUUUUUGUCGUCUUAAAAUGUCAAAAACAGUAAGGUUCGAAUGAACGUUGGUAAUUCAAAUCAGAAUCAAGGAAAACAUUAUUAAAUAAUCAGAAAUACAAUGGCACUAGCAAUGCCUGAUCCUUUUAGAAACUUUCUAAGUUUAUUUUUACGAAUAAUUGAAUCUUACGAUAUAGAUAUGAUAUCUCCUUUUAGUCACGACCGUAUUAGUUAUAGCAAUUAUAAAGGAAUACUAAUAUUAUAUAAAGAUUAUUAAAAAAUUACCUGUUAUAUGAACAUUCAAUAAAAGACAAGACCAAAGUAAUUAAAAAAAAAAAAAAAAACCAUCAGAAAACAAAACAUAUUAGUAAAUAUCUAUUCAGUAAUUGUACAUGCAUUUUAUUUAGGUUUGGAUACGAGAAAACAAUAUAUAAAUUAAUUUGUUUGGCCCUUGCACUAUUCUAGCUCUAAAAUGAAUGGAAAAUAUUUCUCGAAGAACAUACAUUUGUAUCUUGAUGAAUAUGAUUUUGGACAUCCUUUUCAAAUAGGAUUAAGAAUGGUGAAUUCUGUAAGCUUAUAGGUUUUGCGUAAAAAAGGAUUUUUAUGCAGAAUUGUAACGAUGAGAAAUAGUCUAUAGAAAAGUCCCAUUGAUAUUUUUUUUUAAAUGUCAUAAAACAUAAUUUUAUAGGCAAUGUGUACACUUCAAGAUUUUCAAUGUUUAAUUUAGUCGUGUCGCAUAUUCAUAGAUACCCAUGCAGCAGGUCAAUACAUAAUGUAUUUAUACCACUAAUGUAUGCGACACUCAGGGUUAAGUAAGACACAGACAGCUAUACAUUUAUCAGUGUUUCAGAAAUUGUAGUUUUUAUUACUCACGUAAAAUGUUAAGUCACAGCUACAUCCCCACAGAGCAGCUGACAUCAUCCGAAUGUGUAACGGGUACACGAACAAUACACCAAGUGGUUGAACCAAAUCUACUUCUAUUGUUCACAAUAAACUGUAUAUGUAAAUAUAGCAGACCAUCCGUUUGUUUUGAGCGAGAAGUUAAUAAAACAUGAUGAUAUGUUAUCCUGGUUGUUAUUGUUAAUAGAACAACAAUGUCUUAUUGGCCCGACUUGUUCUGACACCGAAUUACAAGACACUGUAAUGUAGAUAUAGUGUCAUACUAUACCUAUGAAUUUAAAUAAUGUCAUACUGUAUCUAUAUACCCAAAUAAGGGCAUACAAUGUACCGUAUCUACACAUUUGAUUAACUUUAUACCAUAUAUAGAGGAACUUACUUGAGUGUCCAUGUCAUUUUGAAUUUAUUAAAGGAGUUCAAUAAUUUCAUAUGGCACGAGCCUUUCGGCGAGUGUCAUUAUACAAUUAUGGA